AUGCCGAAUCAAGGCGGCUCGCCGUCAUCACCAUCGCAUGCGACAGCUCCUCAAGCUUGCUCGACAUCGAAACCUCCCACCGGCAACUCCAAGUCAGCGGCUUUUGCCACUGGGGUCAGUGGCCCUGGUGGCCAUGCCAUCCGUCGUUGCAAAACCGUGGAUGAGGCCGCUCCAGCCCGGCAAAGGCAAAGGUCUCACACCAGCCGCUCGGAAGACGCUUCCCUUGACGGCAUGCCCCAAGGGCUACCCCGUAUAAGCUCUACUUUUUCAGACUACAAACUGGAUGGAGCUCGGAACAUACUCAAUCCGAGGGCCAACUCUGUCCACGAGCUCCCCACGCCAGAAUCUUCCUCCUUGGCAUCGCUGUCCUUGGCAUUCGCUUUGCUUCCAGCCGUCGCGGGCAUCUUGUUCAAAAAUGGUCAUUCUGUCGUCACGGACAUUAUGCUUUUAGCUUUGUCUGGCAUUUUCCUUCACUGGUCAGUGACGCAACCGUGGGUUUGGUACCAUGCCGCACAGCAGGUUCGCAUUAAACAGGAAUCAGAGACCGAAAUUGCCGUUGAGGAGGUGGCCGUGGGUGAAGAUGACGGCGACGGCGACGAUGACAACGGUAACGACCAACUGGCGGCCGGCAGCGCCCGCAGAAAUACCAGGUUGGACGGCGUUCCAGAGGACACCCGAGGGCCUUGGAAGCAAGACGACGGGAGAAACGCCGGCGGGAAACAGCCGACACAUUUUGCAACACCGCAACAGCGAGCAGCGCUCCGAGAGCUCUACGCCCACGAAAUUCUGGCCUUGAUCUCGUGUUUUGCCCUGCCCUUGCUCAGUGCGUAUCUGCUACACUUCAUCAGAGUGCAGCUGAGCCGGCCGUCCGAGGGCUUGGUGUCCAAUUACAACUUGACCAUCUUUCUGCUCGCAUCAGAGCUCCGUGCCUUUUCCCACAGCCUGAAACUGGUGCAGUCGAGGACUCUGCACCUGCAGAGAGUGAUCCACGGCAACCCUUUUGCGUCGCCAACCCAGAUCGGGUCGCAGAUCGAGGAGAUGCUGGAACGAUUGGAGAGGCUGGAGGCUCGGUCGCUUGCCGAGGAAUUUGUCAGGGACCAUGGCCAAGACACGAGCUCCGUCGGGGGCCAAGACAGAGCGACCGCGACUCGGGAAGUCCGCAACGCCAUCCAACCCGACCUCGAUGCCCUCAAUCGUGCCGUCCGACGGUAUGAGAAAAAGGCCACCAUGCUCCAGUAUCAGACGGACUGUCGAUUCUCGGCCCUUGAUUUGCGCAUGGACGAUGCACUCGCUUUGGCAGCGAUUGCCGCCAAGAACAGCAAUUCCAAGAGCAUAUUCGUGCGGAUUGUAGAAUCACUCAUGGCAGUGCUUCUCUUCCCGCUCAAUGCCCUUGUACAAGUUUGGAUGCUGGCGACACGCUCGCUGUUCUCGCUAACGACCCUGGGCAAGAAACCCCGUAUUUCCGCAAAACACGGCCGCGCAAACAGAGUCGCGAAACAAUCCUCCAAACCAAGAUAUAGUGGAGUCAUGAAGAAAUGA